GAAGAGGAAACGCUCCAAGUGCCACGCGCAACUUUUGGGUGGAUGCGGUCCGCCCGCCGCCGUCCCUCCCGCGGCUGCGAGCGCACUCGCGCUCCUUUCCAGCCCCGUCCCGAGCGAAGCCUCCCGAAGCGUCAAGACAUGACGCGGACGCCUUGAAAAUGACGGGCCGCCGCCGCCGCUGCCGCCGAGCCCUUUCCGGCCCGCUGCUGGUCCUGCUCGGCGCGGCGGGCUUCCUCUUGUACCGCAGCCUGGUCCGCGUCGACGGCGGGACCGGCCCGGCACGCCACCGCGUCCCGAACGCCGAGCGCGACCGCCCGCUACCGCCCGACGGACGCAAGCUGAGCGCCGCCUUGCGCGGUCUUCAGUUGUCUCCCGUGACGGGCGGCGAGCAGCCCAGGCAGCAGAGGGCCGUGCUGGUGAUCGGUCGCCAGGACACGAGCGACAGCGAGGUGCAGCUGUACCGGCGAGUUCUGACCCGGCUUCACUUCCAUGUGCAGACGCAAGCCGACCCGGCGCACCGGCACGGCCCGUGGACCCUGCUGCUGUGCGUGAGCUCGGCGCACGCAAAUUGUCUGAGGACGGCCGAGGCCGCCUUCUCGCACCGCAGGGUCAAUCUGCUGCCCGGCCUGAUGGAGGCGCUGUCUGCCGUGCUGACUGCAGAAGGAUUACCCGUCAGGCCUCUUGCUCACACAGCCGCCAACGGCAGCCGCUCUGCGCCUCGACAGCCACUCACGACGGACAGCGGAGAACCUCCUGGCGCCGGCCCAGUCUCCACGGUGAGCGUUUUCGUGUUGGUGACAUCGCUGAGGCCGCUGAGCUGCUUCGUGCACAGCGUCGGCGUGGUGACGGACGAUCAGACGUCCAGAGCCGCGCAGAUCAGCCGCCUCCUGCCCGCUGAUGCCGUGGAGCAGGCCAAGAGGCUCAUCGGUCACCUCCUGGGCGCCGCCGCGUCCGCAAACGAGAAGGCCGCAAACCACAACAGGUGUGUGCUAUGUUACCAGCUGCUCACUUUCACCCUGACCUUCGGCGGCACCAUCAAGCCGCUCGUCACGCAGGUGGAAGGAGGCUUGUUUCUCGGGGCUCUGAGUGACGAGCGGUUUGAAAGACAGGUGACUCGUGACAUCAUCCUCGAGGACACGCUGGACUUGCUGCUGUCGUCGGAGGCGGCCGACGACGACGCUCAGCGGGACGCCUUUGAGGAGACCAGCGGGGUCAGCUUGUCGGAGGACAACUUUCGGCUUCUGCGAAACUUUCAUCGCCACAUGAUGGCGCCAUCGUCCUUUCAGCUGGUGUGCCCCAGCGCGUCCCGGUCCUGCGGUUCCGCCUCUGGUCUUUCGGAAGUCCUCCUGGCCAUUGUCCAGCUUACGAAAAACAGCAGGGGCGAGCCAUCAGACGCGGCGGCAGCCAAUCGGCGAACGGGUCGGUGCGCGGAGCCCCGCCUGCGGCAGAUUUACUUUGCCCCGCCCCUGGCGCUGCGUCCCGCCUUCAGCCCCCACGUGACCGAGUACCGCGCCGACGUGACCUUUGACACGCUCGUCCUUCGCGUGCGGGCCGAGACCCUCAGCGAAGCGUGCCGUGCGCAGCCCAGGGUGUCGGCCGUUCCCGUGGCCCUGGGCCCGGGUCGCCUGGACAUCCUGGUGACGGACGCCGUCCCGGCCCUCCCCGCCGGCGCCUCGGCCGUCUACACCGUCCACCUGCAGCGAGAGGCCCCGCCCAGCCUCCCCGUCUUUGGAGAUCACAUGACCUGCGCUUUCCUGCAAGACUGCGCGCUGGUGGUGGACCCGGGUCUGCCUUGCGGCCUGGAACCCUGGCCCAGGUCGGCGGACGGGCUCCCGGCCUGCCCGUCGGGACACGCCCCAGGUCGCUGGCUGGUGCCGUGCCUCAGCUGCUCCGACAACAGGACUUGCGAUUGGCGGGAGGCGGCCUGGCAACCGGACGGCUGCCGUCACCCGUCGGUGGACGCCGGCCGGCUGCGGGAAUGCAUGGCGGGCAGCAAGGUGUUGUUCCUGGGGGACUCGACCAAUCGCGGCAUGAUGUACUUUUUGACGGAGCGCCUCAACCGCAGCCUGGCGGCGUGGGAGCGCUCGCACGGCACGCUGCUCUACCGCGACGUGAACGGGGGCCGCACGCCGGUGGCCUACUCGUAUUACCCGCGCUUCUGGCUGGAGCGGGGGCGCAGGCCCACCUUCGGGCAGGCGCUGACGGGCCUGCUGCGCAGGUCUCGGCCUCUGGUCAACUCCCGGCGGACUGUGCUGGUGGUGGGCGGAGUCCAGUGGCUGACCACCGAUCACCUGCGGACGGUGCGAGAGGUUCUGGACAGAGAGUCGCUGGCGGGCGCGCGGGUGGUCAUCAAGUCUCUGGGGAUGGGUUUCCACCUCCCGGCGGACGGCAUCCGAGCUCACGCGCCGGAGGAGCUCCGCGAGCUUUCCCGGGAGAACCGGCGCGUGGUGGCCGCCGCCGAGCGGCUGGGCUACGAGGCCAUCGACACCUUGGCCAUCACCAUGGGCCGCUACAAGGAGUUCCUGCAGGGGGCGUGCGCGUGCCAUUUCCACCAGGUGGAGAAGGCGGCGGCCUCGGAGCGGCGGCGGCAGUGCCGGACGGCGCCGCCGUGCUACCACGUGAGAGGACCCGUCAACCAGAUCUACUCGGAGAUCCUGCUCAGUCGCCUGUUCGCCUUCGGAACCCCCCUCCCCUCGGCGGCGCGCGCCGUACGCGGACGCUCAUGA